AUGCAUUUCCCAUCAUUUAAAAGCUCGACCCCAAAGCCCUCACACCCAACCACAACAUCACCAUGGACAAUGCCCAUAAUCACGUCCAUUGGAGAAUUCACACAAAUAAUCGAAGACCAUCACCAUCGUCGAGCAAUUAUCUUUAUCACUACCCCUCAUUGUCAAGAUCUCAGCCCAGAGGAGCUCGCGUGGUGUCGCAACUACCAAAUUCUCACCGACAAUUACUUGUUUAAGACCGACUUUGACCUUUGGCCUGUUGUACAAGAGCACGUUACGCCGAAAGUGAGGCCUUGUUGGAUCACGUUCCACAAGGGGAAGGAAACUGGGUGGGUUGGAGGUGGGCUCAGGAGGUUCGUGGAGAUGCAUCGGGAAAGGGACGCGUCGCGGUGA